CGCGCCAUGCCAGCGGGAGCAACGUUGACAGACCGGCGCAUCGCGAAGAAGAGAACGGUGUGUGCCACCUUCAAGCAGCGGCCGGUCAACCGACGGGACAAGCUGCCACGACGGAACCGUGAGCGCCCGCACAACGAAGAGCUACGUGCCCCUGCGCUAUCGCCGCACUACAGCGGCGAGACCCCGCAAGAAGCCUUCAUUGGCGGACCUGCCAGCACCCACGACGCGCAGCCGCAGGGCUCUCUCGACAUUCAACCCGCGCAAGGCAAGGCGAAGAAGUCGCCCAAGCUAAUGGGGGCCACGCAGGCCACGGCGCGCAGCAAUUGCUUCGUCAUGGUGGCGGAGGCAGCGGCAUCGUGCCAGGGCAUCCGAAAGCGCUGGACCAGCGAUGAAGUGGACGUCUUUCUCGCGUCGAAGAACGUGCUACCGGGCCAUCCCGCGCCCGUCGAGCUCUUGGCGACGCUUCAACGCUUUCUCGGCACCAAAGGCUACGCCAUCGACGCUGCUACGUACCGCAAGAAGAUCGCCCUCGGCCAGCGAUCCAAGGUCAUUUCCGACGCCAUUCGUCGCGUCUGCUUGCGUGGCGUCUUCCACGUGACGACCAUCGAGCAGAACUACCGCGCAAGAGGCAGCAUGGUGACGCCAACGCCGAUGCAGCACAUGACUUGCAUUCAUGUAGUACGUGCUGGCACCACUCUGUUUUUUUACCCGGACGCCAAUGGCUGCAAGUGGCGCGACCUGAAGCACCUCUUCUUUGUCCAGGGCACCGUCCUCCACAGCAUUUGCCGCGUUAUCCGCGCCAACACGGUCCAGGAUUUCACGGCUUGA